GUCCUUUACAAGCGUGGUGCUGCACCGCGACCUUAUUUUGUGGGUCUGUCACCGGAAGUGAGUUGUUACCAAAUGAAACUUGGCGGAAGUCCGCGCCUUCCGCCGGUUGAAGCUGAAGGAAUCUGGCUAUUCAACUGUCCUGUGGGUGGUUGACACGAGUGGGCUCCACGGCAGGGACAGCGGUCAUCUGGAGCGUGUUUGAGCCGGGAUUCGGAUCCUGCGGCGGGAUGGCAGCGCUGGGCAGCGCCGGCCGCUUGUUUCACUUUGCAAGGAGCAACGUUGGGUUGACUUUAAGGAGACGAUCCACGGCUGCAGCUUUAGCUCACAAUGCAGCUCCAGAGACACAGGAGAGCAGGAAGCCUAAAACAGGAAUCCUGAUGCUGAACAUGGGCGGUCCAGAGAAACUGGAAGACGUCCACGACUUCCUGCUGCGGCUCUUCAUGGACACCGACCUGAUGAAGCUUCCUGUUCAGAACAAGCUCGGCCCGUUCAUCGCCAAGCGGCGCACGCCGAAGAUCCAGGAGCAGUACAGCAAGAUCGGCGGCGGAUCGCCCAUCAAACACUGGACGUCCAUGCAGGGCGAGGGCAUGGUGAGGCUGCUGGACGACAUGAGCCCCGACACAGCUCCUCACAAGUUCUACAUCGGCUUCCGGUACGUGAACCCGCUGACGGAGGAUGCCAUCGAGGAGAUGGAGCGGGACGGCGUGGAGCGAGCCGUGGCCUUCACCCAGUAUCCCCAGUACAGCUGCUCCACCACAGGCAGCAGUCUGAACGCCAUCUACCGUUACUAUCGCAACAGAGGAGACAGGCCAAAGAUGCGCUGGAGCGUCAUCGACCGCUGGCCCACACACCCCCUGCUGGUGGAGUGUUUUACCGAACACAUCAGAAAUGAGCUGCUGAAGUUUCCAGACGAUAAGAGAGACGAUGUUGUCAUUUUGUUCUCGGCUCAUUCGCUUCCAAUGGCUGUGGUGAACCGCGGCGAUCCGUAUCCGCAGGAAGUGGGCGCCACGGUGCAGCGGGUGAUGGAGCGACUGGGACACUGUAACCCCUACAGACUGGUGUGGCAGUCCAGGGUGGGCCCCAUGGCGUGGCUCGGCCCCCAGACCGACGAGGUCAUCAAAGGUCUGAGUGAGCGAGGGAAGAAGAACAUCCUGCUGGUUCCCAUCGCCUUCACCUGACACAUCGAGACGCUGCAUGAGCUGGACAUCGAGUACGCUCAGGUGCUGGCCGAAGAGUGUGGAGUGGAGAACAUCCGGAGAGCCGAGUCGCUGAACGGAAACCCGCUCUUCAUGAAGGCGCUGGCUGACCUGGUCCAGUCCCACCUGAAGUCCAACGCGCCGUGUUCCCGCCAGCUGACGCUGCGCUGCCCGCUCUGCACCAACCCCACCUGCGGCGAGACCAAGGCCUUCUUCGCCAGCCAGAAACUCCCGUAAGGCGCCGCGCCGCCAACAAGCCGGAGACGCUGCAGGCUUUGGGUUCGUCAGCGACCCGGGAGGAGAACAGCAGCAAAAUGACUGGAUUCUGUUGCAAGUUCAUUUUAAAAAUUGAUUUCUGGGAUUCCCUUUGGUUGACGUCUGUGUAGAUAGAGAAACUGACUUUUAUUUGUUUGAGUUUAUUUUUAUUUGAGUCUCCCGUCUCUACAUGUUCUUCCCGACUGCAGAAGGAUUUAGCUAAAAGCUCCAAACAUCCUGCAGGUAUUCAUCUCAGACCCAGUGUGGACAACAGCUUUUUAGGGAAACUGGAGGAAAUCAAAGUAAAUUUUCACCAAAAAAUGUGGAAAUUGUGAGAUUAGUCUCAGAAAUAUUCUAGAGAAACUUGUGAAUCUUUUAGCUCCAAAAGUCAAAGAUUUGCAAGAAAAAACUCAGGAAAAAAAACAACAAAAUUUUCUGAGUUUCCAAAGUCCAACAUUUUGACUUCUGUAACUCAGAAAUGUUCAAAGUUUUUUGUGGGUAAAUUUACUUUUUUCUCUCUAUAAACGGCCUUUAAAUGCAAGUGUGUAAAAGUGUGGGCUCUAGUUUUUGUGCUCUUUAUGAGCAUUGUGCCUUUUAUACACUGGAUCCACUGGACUGGUGAGUAAAAUCCACCCAACGUUUGUUCCUGCUGUGACUUCAACCUUUGACAUCAAUGUUCUUAUUGAGCUGAAAAAACAACUGAAAAGGUUUAGCUAACAGUAAGUUAGCAGACAGUAGGCUAACGUAAAAGUUUAAUCAGCUAAUUUUGCGUUGUAUUUACUUUGCAAGUCAGAGCUAACAGUAAACUAACUGUAAACAUUUACCUAACAUGCUAACAGAAAACAUCUAGCAGACAUUAAGCUCACAUAAAAAGCUUUUUUUUUAACAUUCUCCAAGCUAAAAAGUUUUACUUUGCAGUCAGACUUUGCUAACUGGCAGCUAACAGCUAACAUCGCGAAAACUGGAGUUUGGUUUGCCAUAAGAUAACUAGAGGAUUGGUUUAGCUUGGAGAAGGCUAACUGAAAAGCUAACAGUUAGCAAGCUGAAAAACAUUUACCUACAAGUUGAUUUGCUGAAACAGUUUACAUGUAUGCAAGUCGACUGAAAAUAUUUUACCUAUCUUCAAACAGUUUAGCUUGUAGUAAACUAAUUUGAAAGGCUAAUCAAUUGGAAAACAGUUAGCUUACUGCUAGCAGAAUGCAAAGGCUUAGCAUGCAUGAGCUAAUUAGCUACGUUUGGGUCAUUUAAGGAGAAUUAUGGUCAGAUUUUACAGCAGUUAUGUGUUUAAUGCUUGCUGUAAUAAUUAGCAACAUUUAAGAAAGAUGCUAAAUGGUUUUAGCAAUACCAAUUAAGCUAGCAUGUGCUACCUUUACUAGAGCUUUCAUUGCUUAAAAGUUUAUUUUUGGUAAAGAUGGAACAUUAUUCCCAGCUAUUUAUGAUAAAUCUCCAUGAAGACAUAUUUUAAAUUACUUUCUUGAUGCUAAUCUACGCACAGAAUUGCCUGUUAUUGUUCUUCCACUGGAUUAAAACGGAUCUCAUUUUUUAUAUAUAUUGAGUUAUGUGAGAGUUUUCAGAUGUUAGCAAAGAUCUUUAUGUUGUUAAAUGUGUUUUGUUGGAUUUUCUUAUGUUUUUCAUACGAGAUUGGAUCAUUCAGUUGGUAAUUAUGCUAAUCUAUGCUAAUCUGGGCAAAUUCUGACCCGAAGUUACUUAUUAUAACAUUAAUAAAAUUCUGUGUAUUCUUAAAAACUACUUUUUCAUUUUAAGAUUUAAAGUUGUAGAUCUGCUCUGUAAAGUUUUCAGGCCACAAAACAAAGACUAAACUCUAUUAUGUUUCCUAAUUUAACUCUAUUGUAGCUUAAAACAUGGAAUUGUUGCAAAAUAUAAUUUAGUUUGUUUUUUUUCUCUUUGGAUUUAUUUAUUAUUGUGUUCAAACCAUGUAAAUAUAGUCCAAGUUAAAAGUUUGAAGCAUUUAUUUGUUGAAGUAAGCGGUGCUGUAUGAUGUUACAUAGAGACGAUGAGGUCUUCCUUCAAAUUGACAUAAAUAUCUGUUCCUAAAACAGUC